GCGUUGAAGUUCCUCCAUGAGAAAGGCCUUCCAUAUGGCCACUUGCAUGCAUCGAAUGUGAUGUUAGAAGGCAACACCUGUCGACUUCUCGAUAUUGAAAAUAGUCUGCUUGGAUUACCAUCAUAUUAUAGGAUGUAUUUUACUCAAUUUAAAAAGAUUAAUACAACGGAAGCAAUUGAUGUUUACUGCUUUGGUCAUUUGCUCUUUGAAAUGGUGUUUGGUGAGCAGCUCAACGGAGCUACAAAAGACAACUUCCCGCACACAACUCCACCGCCUAUUAAAUCUGUUUUGGAAUCAAUAUUAAAUACAGAAUCUUGUAAAACUAAGCUACCCAGUAUAGAUGAGCUGAUUGACAAUCC